AUGGCCGUUUGUGAUGAAUGCAAACUCAAGUUCCUGGAACUCAAGGCGAAGAGGAGCUUCCGUUUCAUCGUGUUCAAGAUCAACGAGAACGUGCAGCAGGUGGUGGUGGACAGGCUUGGAGAGCCAGGUGAAAGCUACGAUGCCUUCACUGCCUGCUUGCCCGCCGACGAGUGCCGCUACGCGGUGUUUGAUUUUGACUUCGUCACUGAUGAGAACUGCCAGAAGAGCAAGAUCUUCUUCAUCUCUUGGGCCCCAGAUGCAUCGAGGGUGAGAAGCAAGAUGCUGUACGCAAGCUCCAAGGACCGGUUCAAGAGGGAGCUCGACGGCAUUCAGGUGGAGCUCCAAGCAACUGACCCGAGUGAAAUGAGCAUGGACAUCAUCAAGUCGCGAGCCCUCUGA